AUGACAAGUAAACUCAGAACGUGGCAGAAAGUAGCUACUGAGGUUAAUCAACAACAUUGUGGGAAUAUUGUGAUGUCCAUAGAAAAAAAGUUGAAACGACUAUCUCCGGUUACUGCAAAUAGCAACAUCUAUCAAGUUACCAAAGCGCUACGGGAGAUGAAUCCUAAAGCCUAUGCCCCUCAACUCAUUUCCAUUGGCCCCCUCCACCAUGGUACUCGAAAGGAUUUGAUAGCCAAUGAACAGUAUAAGCUUCAUGGUUUUAUGAACUUUCUACGUCGUAUGAAUAAUAACAUGAUUGAAUCAAUGGAUCAUGUGGGGUUUCCUCAAACCAGAACAUUGAAUGUCCUUGUGGAGAAAGCUCAUUGUUGGGUGAAAGAAGCCCGCAAUUGCUAUGCAACACCCAUAAAGAUGAAGGAAGAGGAGUUUGUUACAAUGAUGCUUGUGGAUGCAUGUUUCAUAGUUGAGUUUUUUAUACUAAAAUUUGAUGACUGUCAUCCAAAUUGUAAGUUCGUUCAAAUUCAAGAAAAUGUAGAUAUUUCAUUCUACGAAGGAAUAGAAAUGGAUAUACCCGAUGACUUGAUAAAAUUGGAAAAUCAAGUUCCUUUCUUUCUUCUUCGAAGUCUGUUUGACCUAAUACCGAAACACAAUGUCCCCCUCAUCUCCUCUUUCAAAGAUGAUAAAAAUUAUCUUCCACACUGUACUCUUAAGUUUGGGUUGGUGCGUGAAAGCCAUGAGAUCGAUUUGAAUGAAGAACCAGAGCACUUGCCUACUAAGAACAAGAGUGAGAAAGUGGGCUCGAUUCCUCCAUCCAUAACUGAGCUCUACGAGGCUGGUGUCACCAUCAAGAAGGCAAAAAAUACCAAAUAUAUGAGGGACAUAACCUUUAAAAAUGGGGUUCUGGAAAUCCCUCCUUUACAUAUUUAUGAUGACUUCGAACUUAUGCUGCGAAACAUGGUAGCAUUUGAGCAAUUCAAUGCAGCAAAUAGGAACAAGUAUGUGACCCAAUAUGUCUUAUUUCUGGAUCAUUUGAUAAGUACAGAGAAAGACGUGCAUUUACUUAUGAAGGCCGGAAUCAUAAUCAAUAAUAUUGGCGGUUGUGGUAAAGAAGUUUCAGAUCUGUUUAACAACCUCGGUAAAUUUGUCACAGAAUCAAGUUCUUCCCACUUUGAUCCUAUCAGUGAAGCUUUGCGUAAGCACUGUAAUAGAAGGUGGAACAAGACCCGAGCUUCACUCAAACAUGACUAUUUCAACACGCCAUGGGCCUGGGUUUCCUUCUCUGCUGCAGCCUUAGUAAUUUUUCUCAACAUCCUUCAAACUUUUUUCGCUUUCGUCUCUGCAUGUUGUUAA